UUUAGAAAAAAUGUCUUUAGUACAUGCCGACUCAGUUAUUCGACCUACCAAACCACCAAAUGUUCCAUCUCCUAAGGCUUCUCAUGCUCCUAAAGCGCCGCUAAUACAACCAAUUACUCUGUCAAGUUCAACAACGGUUACUGAAAAACAACAACAAAAGACUUCAAAUGCUGCAAAUAACAGCAACAAUAGAGGCUUGAAUGGGGAUGCUAAUGCCAAUAACAAUGCUGAACCUGAAUUAAAAUUGACAGGAUUUGUUGGUUUUGAUUCGUUGCCAUAUCAAUUUGUACGAAGAUGUCAACAGAAUGGGUAUAGAAUUUUUUUACGGGUUUUGUUAGUGGGUUUUUACAAGGAAUGGGCCUUUAUUGGGGUAUUGGCAUUUAUUUAUUAUGAGCCGUGCUGGGUGGUCUUUUAUUCGGGAUUAGCUUCUAUUAGGACAUUUAUAUAUUUUUCGUCAAAAUUCCCUCAAAUUUUUAAAAGUUUUCAAUUCAAUCUUCUUUGUGUUGGUGAAACUGGUAUUGGUAAAACAACAUUAGUUGAAUCACUUUUUAAUAUGAAGAUGGAAUUUGCUCCGUGUGACCACGAAUUGAAUACUGUUGAAUUACGUACAAGAGUUUUAGAUGUUGCUGAAGGAGGAGUCCGUGUAAAACUUCGAGUUGUUGAGACAGCAGGAUUUGGUGACCAAUUAGACAAGGAGAAAAGUGCACGCGUCAUUGUCGACUACAUUAACAGUCAAUUUGAGGGCUAUUUGAAAGAAGAAUUAAAAGUUAAACGCAAUUUGACCAAAUUUGACGACACUAGAAUCCACGCAUGUCUUUACUUGAUAUCUCCAACUGGACACGGGUUAAAGGCAUUGGAUUUGUUGACACUUGGAGAAUUAUCUAAGCGUGUCAACGUCAUACCUUUAAUUGCUAAAGCAGACACAGCUUGUAAGGAUGAAUUGGUUCGAUUUAAGCAAAAGAUUAUAAGCGAAUUGAAAGCUCAUAAAAUUGAAAUUUUCCAAUUUCCAAUUGAGGACGAGACAGUCCGUAAAGAAAAUUCUGCAUUGAAUGCACUUUUACCGUUUGCAAUUGUUGGAAGUGUUGAUUUUGUUACUAAAGAGGAUGGACGUGUUGUUCGAGCUAGACGUUAUCCUUGGGGAAUGGUUGAAGUUGAAAAUGAAGAGCACUGCGACUUUGUACGUCUUCGUGAAGCUAUUUUACGUACAAAUCAGGAUUCGUUAAGAGAACAGACACACAAUGUUUUGUAUGAGCGUUAUCGACGUGAAAGACUUAGACAAAUGAAAAUGAGUGAUGGGGAUGCUGGACCUAAAAUGAUGGAAGCUUUUGCUCAGCGUCAAAAAGAAUUAUUGGAAGAGUUUCAAAAAUCUGAGGAGCAACAUCAAAAGGAAUUUUUGUUGAAAGUUAAUAAGAAAGAAGCAGAAUUGAAACAUCAUGAAGACAUGUUAAAUAUUCGACAUAACGAAAUUGACUCUGCAUAUCAACAUGAUUUAAAAAUGGUUGAAGCUCAAAUUAAUAGUCUUCUUGAAGAAAAGGCUAAAUUAGAAUCUAAAGGGAAGAAGCGAUUGAAAUAA